CAGAUCGUGUAAAGAGGUUUAAUUCUUUAAUCAUUUAACCGCGUGGUAUUAGUAGUACAUAGCGACGAUCAAGCGGAGGGGGUGGAUUUAAAAUAGCAUUAGAUACAUAGGCAGUGCCGUCAGUCGGACUCGAAGAACGAGUAGUCGUCGUCCAACCGUGUCAGCGAUUGAGCGAAUUGAAACGACAGUACGUGGCACGUGACAUAUCAUACAGAAUUACGGGUUUCGUUCUUUUUCGACGAUAUCCGGCCAUCGAACAUGGAAACGUUCCUUCGUUUUUUCGGAAUCUCGUCAUCGGACGAUAACAGAAUCGAUGAAGCUACAGGGUUGACGGAGAAGCAAAAGAAAUUAGUGCAGAACACGUGGGCCGUUAUCAGAAAGGACGAGGUGGCUUCCGGGAUUGCCGUGAUGACCACAUUCUUUAAAACAUACCCAGAAUAUCAGCGAUACUUUAGCGCCUUCGCGGACGUUCCGUUGGACGAAUUACCGGCUAAUAAACGGUUUCAAGCUCAUUGUGUCAGCGUAAUUACGGCCUUAAAUAGUGUUAUCGAUUCCCUGCACAACCCAGGAUUAAUGGAGGCGAGCCUAAUCAGCUUGGGCGAGAGGCAUAAAAAACGUGGCCAAACGAAAGAAGAAUUUGAGAAUUUGAAAGGAGUAGUGUUGAAGGUGCUUUCUCAAGCACUAGGGAAACAAUACACACCGGAAGUGGCCGAGGCGUGGAGCAAAACCUUGGAAGGGGUAUUUGCGAAGAUAUAUCAGGUUUUCGCUUCUUGAAGGACGAAACGAUCGAACGCGUUCGAAAAAGAUGAAUCUCGUCGAUAUAAUUAACCCUAAAUAACGAAUCUCCAUAAUAGUUGUUAAGAAUUAAAUGUUGUACAUAAAACGCACUAUUUUACAUGUUUGCACAGUUACAAUCACUAGAGCUACGUCGGAUGAAAAUGGAAAAAAAUGUUUCACAAAUUAUCCGUGAAUAUCGCAGAAAUAUAUACGUUUAUAUCUUCAACACUUAAUAGAUUUUUGCGCACACUAAUGUUAACGUAUCGUAUAAUGCAUGUAUAUAUGGACAUGGUUUUAUAUUAUUUUAUUAUUUUCGACUUCAUGUAACGCAUGUUGAACCAUUGAAUGUUUGAAUUAAAGUUGCACGUCAAUUUAUUAGACCAAA